CUCUGCUUCUGUCUUUGUAGAGAGUAACAUAACCUCUGUCGCUGCCUCCUGGAAACACCUGAAACAUGGCUCACAUCCAGAGGGUGCAGAAGAAGACCAGCAGCGUGUCUCUCACCAUCUCCUCCUCCUCCUCCUCCUCUCGGGAGCUCUCCUCCUGCCCCUCCAGCUACUCCUCUUCCUCCACUUUCCUCACUCAGAGACAGUCCAGCCUGGUGCAGCAGCUGUGCAUCAGCCCUCAGAGGAUUCAAAGACCCACAUACAAUCAACAGUAUUCAGGGAAUGGAGUGGCUGCUACAUUUGUUAAGUGUCUCCAUGACGUGUCCACAGUGAAGGGGCAGUUGGUGGUCCUGGAGUGCAGACUAAGGGGAAUUCCACCCCUGCAGGUCAUGUGGUACAGAGAGGAUGAACAAAUACUGGACUCUGAUGAUUUUAGGAUACUACGCAAGAAGGCCAGUACUGCAUCAGUACCAGAGGAGCUGUGCACUCUGGUGAUCACCGAGGCCUUUCCAGAAGACUCUGGCCUGUUUAAAUGUGUGGCUCUCAAUGACUUCGGCACAGUCUCCUGCUCAGCCACGCUGAAGGUUUACAAUGACCUGGAGGAGCAGCUGGAGACUGAGGCUCUUCGUCAGCAUCUAGAAGUUUCUCUCAAACAGGAAGAGGAGACAGUGUCACAGCAGGGCAGAACUAGCAGUGAGGACUUUACCUCUGUGCUGCCUGACCCCUUGAGCCUCCUGCCUUGUGAGUGGCCUGACAGCACUCUGGAAGAUCACAUCCCUACUGCAGAGUGA